AUGAAGGUGCUCCUGAUUGUUGCAAGGAUUCUUAUUUUUGUUGUUUCACCCACACUCCUCACCCUUGUACCAGAUGUAGAACUUGGUGACUACAUGUCCAGAUGUAAAUUAAACGAGUGGGCGUUUUUCCAUACGGAGAUUGUGCAGGCGUGCCAGUUGCGGUGGGAUAGCAUAAGCUUUUGUUUGAAUUUCUCUUUGAUUGACCGUACCCAGGGGGCUCUGUACCGGCCCUGCCGGGGUGUGUACUGUGCCUUUAAGGUCCAGGGGCGUUCUUUAAACCCCAGCGGUGCUUCAAGUGUCAUUGUGGGUCAUCCUAUGGACACAGUUAAGACUCGUUUACAAGCUGGAACAGGAUAUCAAAACACACUGAAUUGCAUUCUCACUAUGUAUAAAAAGGAAAGUGUGACGGGGUUCUUUAAAGGAAUGUCUUUUCCAUUGGCAAGCAUUGCUGUUUACAGCUCUGUGGUGUUCGGCGUCUUCAGCAAUACCCAGAAGUUCCUUAUCCAGUACCGCUAUGAGGAGUCUGAUGAUUCAGGAUCCCUGUCAGAUUUACUUCUGGCUAGCAUGGUGUCAGGCGUGGCUUCAGUAGGACUUGGAGGUCCUGUGGACUUGAUUAAGAUAAGGCUCCAGAUGCAAACAGAGCCCUUUCAUAAAGUAAACCCCCAUUUGAAGCUCAGACCAAAGGACCUUUGGAACCAACCUAUGUACCAGGGGCCUAUUCACUGCAUCACAUCAAUUGUCCAGAAGGAGGGCUUCGUGGGACUUUACCGAGGGGCCAAUGCCAUGCUGCUAAGGGAUGUCCCAGGCUACUGCCUCUUCUUCAUCCCUUAUGCGAUUAUCAAUGAUUGGAUCAGUCCUGAUAGUGACACAACCGCCAAUGCCUUUACAGUGUGUAUGGCAGGGGGCAUUGCAGGAGCAAUUUCAUGGGGAACCGCCACUCCCAUGGAUGUCGUAAAAAGUCGACUCCAAGCAGAUGGGGUUUAUAGCAAUAAGUACAAGGGUGUCAUGGAUUGUAUCUCCCAGAGCUACCAGAAGGAAGGAUUUAAAGUGUUUUUCAAGGGAUUCACAAUGAACACCAUCCGGGGGUUCCCAAUGAGUGCUGCCACGUUUCUUGGAUAUGAACUUUCACUCCAGAUACUGAAGGGAGAUCAAACAGAGACGAAUCCCUGAAUUCCAAGUCAACUUUAUUCUUUCCCAUUCCCUCAUUUGAGUGAUAUCAUCUGAGCAAGACUUUUUAUUCUCCUGAGCCAACUCUCAGACUGUCCUCUGAAGCUAGAACUCUGGAGAACUAAUUCAUGGAACACACGCUUUCUCAACUGAAGACUAGCUCCCUCCUGACUUGCAUCUUUGCAUCAUUUAUGCCUUCAGAGAGACACUCAGCAAACCAGCCCUUUAAUGACCCUUUGUUCACAAAUUUUAAGCAUCUCAAUCAGUAUUCCCUUGGCUGGAGUCACAACAUAUGGUCAAUGGCACAUCUUUCCUUCCCUCUGAAGGGAAGUAUUAUUGACAUUCAUUUACUCUGCAUCUGAUGUGGUCCUGGGUUAAAUAGAGAGUCAUUCUUGAUGAGGUAUGGUGGACCUGGUUCACUAUAGCCUUCUUAAACUCUCUUGUCUCUUUGUGGACUUUGAAGUUGUCACUAAGUUUUGAAAUAAAACAUUUAAA